UAAAAACCCUGUGUUCGAAACCAUGACAGUGGUGAGAAAAGUUCUUCUCUCAUCAUCAUCAUCAAUGGCUUCCUCAAACAAUUCCAUAGCAGAAAACAAGAAAUCCAAAAACACAGAAACUUCAACACCCACUAGUAAAAUCAAAAAGGAAAGAGACAUCGAAAAAUCGAAAGAGAAAAAGAAGAAUAGUAAGAAUAAGAAGCUCAAGCUCAGCAAUGGAAAUUCCAAAGAACAUGAAGAAGAUAAAGGAAAGCAACGUGAGCACGAAGUUGAAGAAGGAGGAGGAGAAGGAGAAGAAGAAGCGAAAACGCACGUGUUUCCGAUGAAUCGAAUUAGGACGAUUUUAAAAGGUGAAAUUAGCGAUUUGCGUGUUUCUCAGGAAGCUAUAUUGGCAAUUAACAAAGCUACGGAGAAGUUCCUUGAACAAUUGGCGCAGGAAGCUUAUGCUUGUUCUGUUCAGAAUCGUAAGAAAUCAUUGAGCUACAAUCACCUAUCACAUGUUGUUAGUAAGCAAAGAAGAUAUGACUUUCUGUCUGAUUUUGUGCCUGAGAAAGUGAAAGCUGAGGAUGCAUUAAGGGAGACAGACUCAAGAGGGAAUAGAUGAGCUUAGGAAAUGUAAAGCAAAGAUAAUGGAGAAUGUAAGCCUAUUUUUUUGUUUAAUUUGUCACAUUCUGAAAGGGAAACAUGUAUGGUGCUUGACAUUGCUUUUGGCAGCAUGCCUGCAACUGUUAUUUUCAUCGUUAUGUUGAAAAUUUGGUAACAUAUCUGAAGUUAAAUUUGCCUGUGGGAAGAUAGGAAACAUAUAUAAAAUUGCUAACUACAGGAUGGAAGUUA